AUGAUUCAGGGUGCCGAGGGCCUUGAUGUGAAGAAUCUCAAGCCAGUGGUUCUCUGUCCUGCCCAGUUCGGGACCCAGCGCGACUAUGAAGAUCUUCAGAAGACGCUGCUGAAGCGAGGCUUCAACCUUUACCCUGCUCCUCUCUCCAGGCUCGACUGGCUCAAGAUUGUUCCGUCCACCCUGACCAAGGAGUUCUUCACCGCAUCCCUCCGCCCUUCCAAGACCCUGGGCUUCUUCUACUCUGCGUUGGAUCGCGCCUUCGAGCAGGUGGAAAAGGACUACGGAGUAGACGUUGAAGUUGCUGUCCUCGGCCACAGCAUUGGAGGGUGGGUCGCGCGCUCCUACAUCGCCGAGGUGCUCGGAGAGGAGAAGGCGAAGAAGAGGAUCCGGUCAUUGGUGACCUUGGGAACUCCACAUAACCCUCCCCCGAAAGACUCGAUCGUCUCAGCUGUGGAUCAAACGCGAGGGCUCCUCUCGUACAUCAACGAGAACUUCCCCAACGGCUUUCCCCUCGAUGCCAGUGCCGUGACUUGCGUAGCGGGCAAGGGGACCGUCACGCCCAGGGGCCUUAUGGACGUGAUCAGCAAAGUGGGGGAGAAGCUGUGGGAUGAGAAGCAGCGACGUAGCAAGCUGUUGGAAGAGAUCGUUGCGCUGGCAUCGUACUUCCCCCUCUCAGGGAAGGCGUUUGAGACAGAGGGAGACGGUUUGAUUCCAGUCGAGGUUGCUGUGCUUGCGGAAUGCAGAUCCGUGAUCAUCGAAAACUGCAACCACGCGGCGUUCGUUCCGACACCCGGCAAGAGCCUGCGCCUGCCCGAGACGUACGAAUGGUAUGGGACAGAGUCCGCUGUGGAUCAGUGGAUACAAUUCCUGUGA